UACUCCUCCCAUACGACUUCCUGCCUUUAGUUUAGAUAUGCACAAUUUUAUAUUACACGAAUGUGUUAGCUAGCUUUCGUAAAAUGAAAAGCAAUUUGCAAGACAUUUAGGGAAACACACAGCAUUUUUUAAAUGGAACGGUUCGUGAAAUAGCCAGUGCCUUUUGUUCAUGCGCUGUGGAGUGAUAACGUUAGUUUAGCUACCUAGGUCGCCAGCUAACACACGCUCGCUAGCUAGCUUUUUCCAAUGGACAAGCCUGUUAAACCGCUUUCUAGCUAGCCAACAGAAGCCUAAUUAUAUGUAAUUUAGGGGAAGAUUUUUUUUCUAAAAGAAAUUACAAGGCACUUCUUGCAGUGAUGGAUGAAGUUGAUAAGAUUUUAAUUCACUCGCUUAGACAGACUGGCACGGACGUGGGGAAGGAUGUGCAGAGUGUGAAGCACUUCACCAGUGAGCUGAUAGUGGAGGCGGUGGUGAGAUGUCUGCGAGUGAUCGACCCGGCCCUGGGAAGCGGACUGUGCCCCUCCUUACCCCCAGGCAUGUCUGCCCGCUUCCGUGUGGGCAUGAGCCUGGCACAGGCCUGUCAGGACCUUGGCUACAAGGGAGAGAUUGGCUACCAGACCUUUCUGUACAGCAAUGAGCCAGAGAUCCGCUCCUUGCUCAUGUUCCUAGUGGAGAAGCUGCCCAGAGAAAGUGCUGAGGCCUCGGACCAACCAGCAGGUAAAUCGGCCCUCCUCCAGAAAUCCAUAGCUGCCCAGAUUAAAGCUCAGCUGGCCUUGCCCUGGCUCUCUCCAUCCUGCAGACUACCCCUCCUCUGUAAAACACAGAACCCAGGACCGUCCCACAGUUUCCACUCUCAGACCCUUAGUUUACCCCACUGCCUCAAAGUGCCUGGGAAAAAGCAAUUGAAAGAGGAAAAUGACUACCACAGGGACUUCCUUCCCCCUGUAACUGCCCAGCCGUCGCAGCAUGCCUCCGUGCCGGCCUCCCUGCUGGAGCAGCAUGCAGGGGAGCUCAGUGCCGCCCAGGAGUGGGAGAACGAGUGGAACAGCCAAGGCCUCCUUUCCCGCCUCACACCCGAGGAAUAUCGCUCCAGGAAGCGUGCUCGUCUGCAGAAGCGGAUCGAAGAGCAGCUGCGCACUGUGGCCCAGACCCGCCAGGACACCCUCGGUGCCCACAGGUCGGGCUCUGACCUCACAGAGCUGCUGCAGUCCUUCGGGGGCUCUCCCCUCAUUGGUGACAUCCUCGCCAAGGGCACCCGCUUCACCCACACUGAAAAAUUUACUUUUACAGAGGAGCCUGAGAAAGCUGCCAAGCAGAUGGCAGCAGCAGCCAACUCCCUCCCCAGCUCACAUCAGUCGGAGGAGGAUCUGCAGGCCCGACAGCAGGAGGAGCUGGCCGCCCUGCAGCAGCAGCUACAGCAGCUCUCCCUCAGCCUAGAGGAGGUGGGCGGAGACAUGAGGCAGCUCACUGUGUCUAUACAUCAGGUGUCAGAUGAGCUGAAGCAGAAAGAGCUGAGCAACACGGAGGAGGAGGUCUCUGUGCGGGUAAAGAAGCAGACCAUAUACCUGCUGCCGGAUGGGGAGAACAACCUGGCCAAGCUGCAGGCCCUAGUGGAGGGAAGUGCCGAGCGAGUGGUCAACCUAGCCGCCCAGUGGGAGAAACACAGAGCUCCACUUAUCGAUGAGCACCGCAGGCUCAAGGAGCUCUGCAGCAACCAAGAGAUGGAGUCCUCCCGAAAGCUAUCUGAAAUCAAAGAGCUUCAUGAAAAAAUCAGUCAAUCUGCAGAGGAGGCCAAGAAGAAGGAGGAACUGUAUAAACAACUGAUAACAGAGUUUGAGAAUCUCCCCAAAGAUAUCUCCCGCUCAGCAUACACUGCCAGGAUCCUGGAGAUCGUUGGCAACAUCCGGAAACAGAAGGAAGAAAUUACAAAGAUUCUGUCUGACACUAAGGAGCUGCAAAAAGAGAUUAACAGCCUGACUGGAAAACUGGACCGAACGUUCGCUGUGACUGAUGAGCUGGUCUUCAAGGAUGCGAAAAAAGACGAAUCUGUCCGCAAAUCCUACAAGUACCUGGCAGCCUUGCAUGAGAACUGCACUCAGUUGAUCCAAACUAUUGAGGACACUGGCACAAUCAUGAGAGAGAUCAGAGACCUGGAGGAACAGAUUGACACAGAGAAUGGUAAAAAGACUGUAAGCAACCUGGAGAAGAUCCUGGAGGACUACAAAGCCAUUCGCCAGGAGAACUCUGCUCUGGCUGCCAAGAUCAGAGAGGCCUGACGUGACCCUCCUCAGCAUGAUGCACCGUAGUGGCUGUCUGACUCGUCUGCUGGUCAAACUGACCAGUAGGUAGCAUGCCCUCGAGACUGCCUGUCCUGUGUGUGUGUGUGUGGAACCAAGAAGGCACACUCUCGUCUCAAGACUUUCAACGCUUUCCUUCCUCCAACGUCACUUUUGGUUUUGCCUUCUGGGAGCACUGACAGCAUAUGGGGAGCGGAGAUUGAAUUUUGUACUGAAAAUACUUAAUUUUUUAUGCACAAACCUUGGCUGAUAAAUCCAUGCAGGAUAUAGAAAAGAGUUGUGUGAUGCAUAAAACAGUGAUGAAUUAAUUAUACUUGCCUUGCAUCCCUGGUGUUCCAUAUCGAUUCCACACAAUCAAAAAAUAGGUUCUGCACAAAUGAUGCUCUCAUACUUUCUAUUAGAAAUGUAUAGUAGAUCUUAUCUCAAUUGCAGUAGUUCUGAUUGACCCAUCAAGUGAAUGUCUUGUUGGUCGAGGUACAAUUACACAAGCACUGAUUUACAUCUCUUAUGAAUUUGAGUACAUCAAUCAUUACCUACAUUCUUAGACCAGUCAUUGGAAAAGAAUGAUUGAUUUAGAACUCACGAGGUUGUUUGAAUGUCAUCCAGUCCUAGACUAGCAAACCUAGUGAUUGUAAGUGAUUCUGGUGAGGUUAGUGUGCUUUGAAAAUGUCAGGUCUAUGUUCCCUCAAAGUGCACCAUGUUUCAGAAGUAACAUGCACCAUCACAAUCCCCCUGAGUAAUGGUUGCUGUAGAAAUGACCAGCUUUAAGCUUUUUUU